AUGGCGCCAACGUUACAUCUUGUUAGACACGCACAGGGCUACCAUAACCUUGGCCCUGAAAAUUGGAACCUUCUUGAUCCUGAACUGACCGACAAAGGAAAACAACAAUGUCACGAAUUGAGGCGUCAAGUUUUGUUCAGUGAUUCAGUAGACUUGGUGGUCGCUUCACCAAUGCGACGCGCCAUACAUACCGGACUGGAAGCCUUCAGUCAAACAUUCGAGGCCAAGCCAUGGCUGAAAAUGAUUGCUCUUCCGGACCUCCAAGAAGUUAGCGACUUCCCAUGUGACAUUGGUACUGAGCGCGCCGAUUUGCAAAAAGAGAUGGAGAAAGCAAAUCUUCCAGUGGAUUUAAGCUUCGUUGAAAAUGACUGGACAAAGAAGACUGGUCGGUAUGAACCAACAAGAGAGAAGAUUCGAGCCCGAGCUCGGGACGCUAGAGCUUGGCUCAAAGCUCGUCCGGAGAAAGAGAUUGUGGUGGUCAGCCAUGGAGGAUUCCUCCAUUUCUUGACUGAGGAUUGGGAAGAUGCGUGCAAGUACGAUGGAACCGGGUGGGCUAAUGCAGAGUGUCGAACAUACGAAUUUGUCGCAAACAUUGGUGAAUUUAAUGAGAAAGGCGACGAAGCUCCGAUGCAAGAAACAAUGGAAUCACGUCAUAUGCGGGGACAAACUACCAUAUCGCCUACCAUCAAUGACCAAGAGCUGCUAAGCGGAGAGAUGUUGCUAGGCUGGGCAAACCAAGGCUACCCGAUCGAGUAA